AUGCUCUACGAACUGGUGUGCGGAAGGUUACCCUUCGGCAACGAGUCAGCGGAAGAGGAUGACAUCAUCGCAGCGGUCUUGGAGGAGACGUUGGCUUUCCCGCCAAAGUACAACGACAACGCUGGGAAGAACCUGAUGGAGCGCCUCCUUUGCAAGGAUCCGGCGGAGCGAAUCGGCUCGCGCGACGGCUGGCAGGAGGUGAAGGAGCACAAGUUCUUCAAGAUGACCGGCAGCAAAGGGGAUCUGUUUACGCAGAUCCUGGGCCGGGAGAUGAAUCCGCCGUUGAUGCCCGAAGGGGAGGAAUACUCGAAGGAAGCGUACUUGUCAGAGAAAGUCAGCAUGAGCGACAUCGAAGAGUUUGCGGACGAAGAGCAGCUUAAGGUCCAAGAGCACGCCAAGGCCGUCUGGAAAAAGCUGGAUCCAGAGGGUCAAGGAGUGGUUCAGACGGAGGAGUUGGCACUUCUCCUCGCCCAGACCGACUCCGACCUCAACAGGAACCAGAUCGACGCCCUCGUGGAGGCCGUCGACACGAAGGCGGAUGGAAUCACCUUCAAGACCUUCUGCGCCUUCCUGGAGCAAAGCGACCUCGAUGCGCACGCGGUGCUGCGCGCGCUGGAGAGCUGA